UCAUUCCACUGGUAAAAUAUACCCCCGACCCAUACGAAAGAAUUAAUUGUACUUAUAUGGGGAGGGGGAGAAUAAUAAAAUAUUCAAAGGACCGAUUGAAGUCCCUAUAUCCCUUGACUCGAUUGAAGCGAUACGCUCGAUAUGGCUCUGUUAUCUGGUUUCAUGUGAAGAAAUGCUUAUCAAUGACGUUCAUUUAAUGUCAACAUGUGUUGCCUGAUAUUGGCACUUUUCGUCGUUCUUUAUGUUGUAUAUAAAGUUUAUGAAUUCCACAAAGGGAAAACUUCAGUUGAGAACAAAAAUAAUCGCUACGUCCUCAUAACGGGGUGUGAUUCUGGUUUCGGAAAUGCGUUAGCCCGUUUACUGGAUAAACAGGGUGUUCCAGUGUUUGCAGCAUGUUUAACCGAGAAGGGUGGAACAGAACUGAAGAAACAUACGUCAUCACGACUCCGUGUUCUGCAACUUGACGUCACGGAUCAGAAGAGCAUCCGUAAUGCUGUGGAAUUUGUUAAACGUCAUUUGCCAAAAUCUUCAGGUUUGUGGGGAAUCGUCAACAAUGCAGGUUUACAGGUUUUACAUGCUCCUUUGGAGUUUCAGUCUCAUGAGGCGAUAGAAAAAUGUUUGAAGGUCAACCUACUUGGUUCGAUUGACGUUACAAGGUCAUUUUUACCUCUCCUUAGAAAAGCCAAAGGUAGACUUGUGUACAUAUCUAGUGACAGUGCUUUUAUAGAGUGGCCGUGUCGGGCACCUUACGUCAUCAGUAAAUUUGGAAUCGAAGCUCUUGCAGAAUGCCUAAGAAGAGAAUUGUAUCAAGUUGGUGUGACGUCACACACAAUCCAGCCAGGACCAUUUAAAACCCGGAUCGUAGACCCUAACGAGAUGAAAUCUGCUCUACAGAAGGCGUUUGACGAAGUGGACGAAGAAGUCAAGCAAUUUUAUGGACAGCAAUGGUUACAGAAAAUAAAGGAAUCUUUUGAAGGAAUACCAAAGAUUCAAUACGAGGAUUUGUCCCCGGUGACAAAUGCCAUCUGUCACGCCCUGUUUUCUGUGAUGCCGAAGAGACGAUACCGAUGUGGUAAAAUCUGUGAAUAUUACUUCUAUCCCAUUUCUUUGCUUCCUGAAUGGUUUAAUACCUGGUACUGGGCAAUGAAUCCACAGCCGGAAGCAGUUACACAUAAUUGAAGUUCCUAUUUUAAAAUGUGUGUCAUAUGGAUACAUUUAAUUAAGUAUUAAAGUAUGAUGUAC